GAGGUCCCCUGCCCGCACACUUCGCGUCAGCUGCUGCCCGCCCGCAGCAUCAGCAUGGACCUCGCCGCCGCCGCCGUGGCCGUCUCCUUCCCACGCCCUGCUCCCCCGCCGCGCCGCUGCGCCCCACGCCGCCACCGCCGCGCCCUCGCUCCGCGCGCGGCCUCCUCCUCCCCCUCCCCCUCCACGGCGGUGGCGGCGCCCGUCUACGCCCCCACGCCGCGGGACCGGGCCCUGCGGACGCCGCACAGCGGGUAUCACUAUGACGGCACGGCGAGGCCCUUCUUUGAGGGAUGGUACUUCAAGGUGUCCAUUCCCGAGUGCAGGCAGAGCUUCUGCUUCAUGUACUCUGUCGAGAACCCGUUGUUCCGAGAUGGGAUGAGUGAUCUGGAUCGGGUCAUACAUGGUUCGCGCUUCACUGGCGUCGGGGCGCAGAUUCUUGGCGCCGAUGAUAAGUACAUAUGCCAGUUCACCGAGAAAUCCAAUAACUUUUGGGGAAGUAGGCAUGAACUAAUGCUCGGAAACACUUUCAUUCCCAAUAAUGGUUCAACACCCCCAGAAGGGGAGGUUCCCCCUCAGGAAUUUUCUAGUCGAGUUUUGGAAGGCUUCCAAGUGACACCGAUUUGGCAUCAAGGCUUUAUACGUGAUGAUGGAAGGUCAAAGUAUGUGCCAAAUGUCCAAACAGCUAGGUGGGAGUACAGCACUCGACCAGUAUAUGGCUGGGGUGAUGUCACGUCAAAGCAGAAAUCAACUGCUGGUUGGCUUGCUGCUUUUCCUUUCUUUGAACCUCAUUGGCAAAUAUGCAUGGCUGGUGGCUUAUCCACAGGAUGGAUUGAAUGGGACGGAGAGCGGUUUGAAUUUGAAAAUGCUCCUUCUUAUUCAGAAAAGAACUGGGGUGCAGGUUUUCCGAGGAAGUGGUAUUGGGUCCAGUGCAAUGUCUUCUCAGGCGCAUCUGGUGAAGUUGCAUUAACGGCUGCUGGCGGAUUAAGGAAAAUUGGAUUGGGCGAAACCUAUGAAAGUCCUUCACUGAUUGGAAUUCAUUAUGAGGGAAAAUUCUAUGAAUUUGUGCCUUGGACCGGGACAGUGAGCUGGGACAUUGCCCCUUGGGGUCACUGGAAGUUGUCCGGCGAGAACAAAAAUCAUCUGGUUGAAAUAGAAGCAACCACAAAAGAACCAGGCACUGCUUUGCGAGCUCCAACCAUGGAGGCUGGACUAGUGCCAGCAUGCAAAGACACCUGCUAUGGUGAUCUGAGGCUGCAAAUGUGGGAAAAGAGAAAUGAUGGUGGCAAGGGAAAGAUGAUACUCGACGCAACAAGCAACAUGGCGGCACUAGAAGUUGGUGGAGGCCCUUGGUUCAAUGGUUGGAAAGGCACGACUGUUUCAAACGAGAUUGUGAACAACGUUGUUGGUACCCAGGUCGAUGUGGAGAGCCUCUUCCCUAUCCCAUUUCUCAAGCCCCCUGGUCUGUAGCAUUGUUCAGGUCGAGCCAUCGAUAGGUAGAGAUGAAUAGGCCCUCCAAUCUUGUCACACCUUGAGUCUUGAUCUGUUCCUCACUUAGCAUCAUGUUUUCAGCCAGAGAACUACAGAAACAGUAAACCAAUCAGCAUGGAGUUUAUUCUCGUUGGGUUAGAGAAAGGCGCCUUUCGGGUGAAAUCAUGUUGCACAAAUUUUUACAGAUCAGGAAUGGAUGCUGUAAUUCAAGAAAAUAAGUAUAAUUCAUCUUAGGCAGUUCCAUCCUUUUGUGCUCA